CGGUGUCUUUGAACGCAACUGUAACAACCUAGUUUCGAUAUUGACCGCCCGGUGUUUCUUGUAGCUUUAUAACCAGCUCACUGACCACUUCGACGAUAAAAAACAAACACUAAACUUUGAGGGAGGUGGCGACAUAGCUUCUCAUAUGUCAACAUGGCUGCUUAUGAGACGGUCGUAGCCGUCAGUAGUGUGUGAAGGCUACAAGGGGAGGAAGAGCUGCCGUCCAGCGGACUUAGACCCUGCAGUAAACAUGUCAAUGAGUAUAAAAGAAGUUGUGUUGAAACGCCUGUAAACUACAGCAGCUGUAGAUCUCUCCAGCGAUCCAUGGAUUUCCAAAAACUUUGCACUUUUGACACUUUUAACCAGCUGUGGAGUCACUACGGUUAUGGGGAAAAGUUACAAGACGUGAUUGAGCAGGAGUUCACACGGAUUAAAGGCAUUACAUAUCUGGAUCAUGCAGCAACUACUCUGUACCCUGAGUCUCUGGUCAGGGACUACUUCCAGGACAUUUCAAGAAAUGUGUAUGGAAACCCUCACAGCCAUAACCCCAGCAGCAGAUUGACACAUGACACAGUGGAGAGGGUCAGAUACAGGGUAUUGCAGCAUUUUAACGCCACCCCUGAGGAGUACUCGGUGAUUUUUACUUCUGGUUGUACAGCCGCACUCAAAUUAGUGGCUGAGAGCUUUCCCUGGAGGCCACAGACUGAGAGCGAAGCGGGGAGUCGCUUCUGCUAUCUCACAGACAGCCAUACCUCUGUAGUUGGCAUAAGAGGACUCGCUUCUGUCCGGGGGGCAGUUGCCCUGCCUGUCUCGCCGCAGGAAGUGGAAAACAGGUCAAAGCGUGAGGCUCAAGGUGAAGAUGUUAUUUGCCACACGCCGCACCUCUUCUGCUACCCAGCACAGAGCAACUUCUCUGGGAGGAAGUAUCCCCUCAACCAUGUGAGAGGCAUCCAGGCGAGACGUCUUUACCCAGCAUGUGGCCACCAAGGCCGCUGGUUUGUGCUGCUCGAUGCAGCCUCUCACGUCAGCUGUUCUCCUCUCAACCUACAGGAGUGCCCCGCUGAUUUCAUUCCCAUCUCCUUCUAUAAGAUGUUUGGCUUCCCUACAGGUCUCGGGGCCCUUCUUGUCCAUAACAACGCAGCAGGCAUACUAAAAAAGACUUAUUUUGGAGGAGGCACAGCAGCGGCUUACCUUUCUGGAGAAGAUUAUUAUGUGCAGGCGGCAAACAUUUCUGACAGAUUUGAAGAUGGGACUGUGUCUUUCUUGGAUAUCAUCGCUGUAAAUCACGGUUUUGAAGCUCUUCACAGGAUCACAGGGGGCAUGCACAACAUCCAACAGCACACAUUUGGCUUGGCACGCUACACUUACAUGCUGCUGUCAAGUCUUUGCCAUGGCAACGGGCGACCAGUGGCUCAGAUAUACACAGAAGGGCAGUUUGAGAGUCCAAGCACACAGGGUGCAAUCCUAAACUUUAACCUUAAGGAUUCUCACGGGCAGAUAAUUGGCUAUUCACAGGUGGACAGAAUGGCCAGUCUGUACAAUAUCCAUGUGCGCACAGGUUGCUUCUGCAACACCGGAGCCUGUCAGUCCUUCCUCGGGAUCACCAAUCAGCAGAUGAGGAGAAACCUGCAGGCUGGCCACGUCUGCGGAGACAGCAUCGACCUGGUGGACGGCCAACCAACCGGAUCUGUACGAGUGUCCUUCGGCUACAUGUCCACACAUGAAGACUGUCAAAAGUUCCUGAACUUUGUUGUGGAGUGCUUCGUAGAGAAGCCAGUCACCGUGGACCAAGUGAGACUAGAGAGGCUUAAAACAGCCACAGCGACGUCCCAGGGUGUGAAUGAAGAUCCUCCAAUCCAAAUCACUAAUGGAGACUUAUGUAAAGUAGAUAAGGAGAAGGAGAAACCAACAGAAGAAUCACUGAAAGUCUCACACAGAGAGGCUUAUACACUCACAAAUAUCUACAUAUAUCCCAUCAAAUCAUGCGGAGCCUAUGAGGUCCACGACUGGCCGGUGGGACCGCUGGGUUUACUGUAUGACAGAAGCUGGAUGGUGGUGAAUGGAAACGGCGUGUGCCUGAGUCAGAAGAGAGAGCCACGGUUGUGUCUCAUUCGCCCACACGUCCACCUGCCCUCAAACAAAAUGCACCUGCAGGCAUCAGGAAUGGAUACCAUUUCAGUUCCCUUGGAAAACAACACUCAAAUGCACACGAGCCAUCGGGUGUGUCAGAGUAAAGUUUGUGGUGACAGGGUGCAGACUGUCGACUGUGGGGAUGAGGCUGCCUCUUGGCUUUCAGACUUUCUUGGACAGCCAUGCCGCCUGAUAAGACAAAGUCCUGAUUUUACCCGAGACAUGAAGAAGAAGCCUUGUGGAGCUGCCACGUCCACGUCCCUCUCCCUGGUGAAUGAAGCUCAGUAUCUCAUGAUCAACCGUGCCAGUGUGGAGCUCAUUCAGAAACUAAUGAGUAGCAGGCAGGACGACUCCGAGGGCGAUCAGCUCCUUGACACACAGAAUGUCAUUAGCCGCUUCCGAGCCAAUUUAGUCAUCGCUGGAGUAGAACCAUUUGAGGAGGAUAAUUGGCCACACUUGAUUAUUGGCAACACUCGAUUCGUGGUCGCAGGUCAGUGUGGAAGGUGCCAGAUGAUUGGAGUAGACCAGGAGACUGGGACCAAAACAAAAGAGCCUUUAAUGUCUCUGUCAGCCCACCGCAAUGGGAAGUUCACUUUUGGUGUGUACCUGACCCAUCAGCUACCAGAGGGCUCCACUACAGCCAGUGUCCUCUCCGCUGGUUCCCUGAUACAGCCACACAGCUCUUGAAGUAGUCAUCUGCACCCUCCCUUAUUUAUUUAUUUAAUUAUCUUUGAUCCAAAGUGACAAUUUCUGCACUGCACAGCCUAAAGAUCACCUGUCAAACACUGUGUGGAGUUUCUGUAGAUGCUGCCUUUUUAUUUGUCUGUGAAGCCCGGGUGCCUUUUAUGCUCUCAAGUGUCCUUUUCAAACCAGGGCAUUCAGAUUUUAUCUGUUUUGACGGUAAAUAAGUGAGAUUUCUGAAUUUCUCCCUCAAUAGUAACAUUUUUAAAAUGAGUGGCUGUGAAUCAUUAAUUGCAUGAUGAAAUUAAACUUGAAUGUAUUACUGUUAUUAGAGUCAAAACAUGUCAGGCUUGAUGCAAUAAUAACUGCUGCUCAUGUUAACCUCCCAGACAGUUCUUCCUCCUGUUUAUUCCCGUGGGGGAUUAUAUUGCUAUUUAUUCCAAACACACCGCUGCUGUUACUGCCGCUACAAAUCUAUAACAUAUUGCUCUCUGUAAUGAAAAAACCCUACCAGACACUCGGUGCUCACUAUGUGCUCUCAACGUGGUUCGCACUUGAACAUCAGAUGGCAGAAAAAGUAAUAAUGUCUUGGCCAACAGAAAAUCUGUGUUUGGAGUGACAUACUUGUAAAUAAAGAAUACGUUCUGUCAAGAUGUGGCAAUAAAAUUAUCCCUGUAUAUUGCCUACCUGUCGUGAUAGUGAGCAGUGGGUGGCUGAUGUGUGUACUAAGGUGUUGUACUGCUUGUCGCAUGUAUGCCA